UAAAAAGGAAAGAAAGAAACUAACCAUUUUCAAGUUUUGCUGUAAUCUAGCUUUAAAAAAAAGAUAUUGCGCUAUCAUCAUAUGUAAUGGCCAUGUGUCAUUUUCCUUUCUGAAUACGGCUUUGAUUAGACCUAAAUUCAUUUGGCUUUUUCAAGAUGAAUGGGUUAGGGUUAGUAUUUUAUACUAUAAGUUGUCCCAAUCAUUCGUGUCACGAACCUAAGCAUUCACUUGACUAAUCUCUUACUUAACUAAUCACUAACUUAACUAACUACAAAUUAAUUAAUCACUAGCUAACCUAACUAAUCCAAGAUUAUUUCAGUAACGGGCAACGCAAACACGAAAAGAAUGGAUUAUGAAUGCCAGUAAUAUUAAGCAAUCAAGUUCUGAAUAGGAAAAGUAAGAAACGUUUUGUAUAAAAAUCUAAAUUUCUAGUACCAAUAGCACUUGUCACGUUUCUGCAUAUUUAGAGUAGAUAUAAGUUAAGAAAUUCGCUGUUCAAAAUAUAUCAAAUUGCCAAAUUAAAAUUCAUUUCUAGCUCUAGGCCUAUAUCAUAAUUUAUUACAUAAUUAUAUUUCUAAAAGCCUAAAUUCAUUUUGGGGGGACCUGUAAAGUUAUUCUUAGUUUUGAAAUGCACUUCGCCUUAAUGAAAAAAAGUGAAAUAAUAUCGCGGCGAAUCAAUAUACAGGAGGGGAAUAAAGUUCAUGCAAAUUAUAUUUCGAUAUAACGGUAUGUUACAAUACAAGUUCCGCCUCCUUAUGAUUAUGCAUAUUAGUUUGUUUCUAGAUCAUCAUCUGUCAUUUUACGUUUUGAGGUAUCUCAGGGUCUUUUCUUCUUAUAAAUGCUCUAAAUAUAAACUUCUUGAAUAAUAAUAGAGUUUUUCAUUCAUAUGUUUACAUAAAAUGCACAAAUAUAUCCAGUAAUAGCUUUUUGUUUCUGAUCUUUCGGGGAUUAGAAACCUAAUUACAAAGCGGAAAUGAAGGGCAGUGGGCCAAAAUACGCAGAAGAGCAAAUCCGAUCCAUCAGGAGCAGACGUGGCGGACGAGGAGCAUUGUAACUCCCCCUUCCAACCAUAUUUACGUUAUUUUAUUGAUGGGGGAUUACGGAGUUGCAGUGGCCACUAACAUCAGAGGAUUUUCGUCGGUUAAUUCAAAGAACGUUUUACAAAGUAAGCCAUUUUUUCCCUCUGAUCCGCGUACAAUGCAAGAUGAAAACAUACAGGAGAAAUCCACAUCUCAGCUUCAGCAACUCACACAUGUCGUGGCAGAAAACGGAAAUGUACAUGGUUCGGAAAUCAGAAACAAAUCUGACGCAAAUAGUUUAUCAGAGGAGAAGAAAGCCGAUUUAUUGACUUCUGUCAGUUCUACACUAGCGCACGGUAACGUUAUGGAGUCUAUUUCGUCAACAGCUGUUGUGUCAUCAAUGAAUUCUCCUUCAAGUUUAUGGACAAACCAGCCCCCAGAGGAAGCUGUGAUACCCGCAUACCACUCACUGAACGGGACUCUAACGUUGUCCCAGUUUCCAGCGGUUCACAACAACAUGUACAGUGCAGGAAUAGCGACCCAUAUGGGUCUCAACAUGGCUCAACAGCCCCCUCCCGCACACAGAAGGGCCAUCACUGGGCAUCACAACUUCCCUGCACGCCAACAACAGCCAGGGAUACUGAUCAACAACAAUUCUAAGGGAUACCCAAACUGGAGCAAUGCCCCUCAGUGGUCCCAGGGACAGACAUGGGGGGGUGUUCACUCAACCCAGCACCAGAGGCGAUCUGUGCCAAACUUCCCCUCCUCGCUCACUGCAGCAUCAUUUCAGAUGAAGAAGUCGCCUGUGUCAUACCAACAACAGAUUACCAACACCGCACCCCUCAUUGCUCCCUCACGGUUUCGUCGGAGCACUUCGUUUCCCGGACAAAUGCACCAGGCUGCCAUGAUAAAACCUGGGUUAGAUAUGGGCAGUUUGGAUGACACACACAGGGAAUCUAUGCUCUCAUACCAGGACAGAAGCAAUUCAUAUGACAGUAUGAGAUUUAGCAACUUUGAGAAUCAGCUUCUGGACAUCAUGAGAAAUUCUGGGGAUCACGCUGACCCACUGAAAGUGAAACCAUCAUUUGGCUUUGGGGAUCUUGAUGAGGAAGCCCUGGACCCCAGUCUGGCAGUCCUUGGGUGUGGUCCCCGAGGUUCACCUGGGUCCCAAGGGGAGAGGAUUGAACGCUUCUCCAGGAAGGUGUUUGUGGGGGGUCUCCCUCCUGACAUCGAUGAAGAGGAGAUCACGGCUGCGUUCCGGAGAUUCGGGGCCCUGGUCGUGGACUGGCCCCACAAAGCCGAGAGUAAAUCCUACUUUCCUCCUAAAGGUAUGCACGCAGAUCUCAGCAAAGCUUGCUUUCCUCCUAAAGGUUACUGCUUCCUGCUGUUCCAAGACGAGAUGUCGGUGCAGACUCUGAUUGAACAUUGUAUUGUGGACGAUGAGAAACUGUAUUGGUGUGUGUCCAGCCCCACUAUGAAGGACAAACCUGUCCAGAUCAGACCCUGGAACCUCAGUGAUUCCGAUUUUGUGAUGGACGGGUCACAGCCGUUAGACCCAAGGAAGACCAUAUUUGUCGGUGGAGUUCCCAGGCCACUGAGAGCAGUGGAGCUGGCUAUGAUCAUGGACCGCCUUUACGGAGGAGUGUGUUAUGCAGGGAUAGACACAGACCCCGAGCUGAAAUAUCCCAAGGGGGCAGGGCGAGUGGCCUUCUCCAAUCAGCAGAGCUAUAUUGCUGCCAUAAGUGCUAGAUUUGUUCAACUCCAGCAUGGUGAAAUUGACAAGAGGGUGGAGGUGAAACCAUACGUCUUAGACGAUCAGAUGUGCGACGAGUGUCAAGGCUCCAGGUGUGGUGGUAAAUUCGCCCCAUUCUUCUGCGCCAACGUCACCUGUCUUCAGUACUACUGUGAGCAGUGCUGGGCGGGCAUUCACUCCCGCCCCGGACGAGAGUUCCACAAACCACUGGUCAAAGAGGGUGCUGACAGACCCAGGGCGGUUCCGUUUCGCUGGUGUUAGAACAGAAGUGGAUGUCAAGCUUUUCUUCAAAAGAAUUAAAACUUGUAGAUGUAUUUAGUCCAGAUUUAAUAUAUUAUUUAUUUAUUGAACUUUUAUCUUGUUACUUGUUUAUUUUUUUGUCAGUGCUGGAUGUGGCUAUUGGUAGAGGUAGCCAAUAAAUUGUUCCCUUGCCAACUAUUUAUUACAGAUUGUCUCUAACCGGAGGAGCAUUCCAUGGGAAAUCUAGCAGUCUUAACCCAAUUUUUUUAUAAGGAUGUGAAUGUUUUCCCUCUUUUUUAUUCACAAGAGAAAAAAGACUAGUUAUAUGUAUUUUUCCACACAAUGGUACAGUACAGCAAUAUUUAAUACGUUUUUCAGCCGUGUUCAUGAAUUUUUCCAUUAUGCAUGUUGUGCAUUAGAUAAAGAAAUACAGUCCAUUUUGUAUUGAAUUGGUAGAUCAUUAGGAGGAUAGUUUGUUUUUCUACUUUUGUGACAUAUUUAGCUAGAGACAAUCCAGGCUAUUUAUAUCUGGUUCUCGGAUUUUGUACUGUGUGAUUCGAACUACUCUAGUCAAUGUUUGUGUGUUUUCAGAUCACUGUUGCUGUUAAUCAUUGUUAUUUAUAAAAAUAAUAAUACAGAAAUGUGUUGCAGGGAUUAGUGACAAAAAGAGAACUUUUUUCAGAAUUCAGCAUUUUGAUUUUUUUACUGUUUAUAUAACUGUUUUAUACUUUUUUUGCUAAUUAAGAGUUUCUAGUUAUUGCAUGCGUUUUUUUGUGUUUAAUUUGUUUGAUACUUUUUUUUUUCAAUUACAUAUUUGCUAUGUUGUAUGAAAUUUCUGUGAUUUACCAUAUAUGUAUGUCAUUUCUUGUUGCGGCCAGUGGAGGAUUUCCCUGGAAUGGUGGGAUUUUAUCGGGCUUUUAACCCUGUACUCCUGAUUAGUCUUGCACUUUGGCUUGUAGUCAUGAUUUCCAGGAUUAGAGUUUACUACAUACCAUUUAAACCGGUACUAAGUAUAUAUAUAGGAUGUAAAAGACAUUGAAAAAGGGCCUCGUCUAAUCAUAGAUUUAUUUUGCUUCUUUUUUCACAUUUGUUUUUCAUUUCUGUAAUUAUUUUUUGCAGUCACUAGCGCUUUGGUUGUGGUUACUGUUACGAGAUAGGUAUUCAUUUAUUGCUCAAUAACGGUGUAUAGAGAAGUCUAGUUUGUUACACUUAUUUUUUUAUGGACAUUUUUUAAGUUAUUUCCUCUAUGUAGUUUAUCCUAGCCAUCACCCCUCAUGUAACCCUGUAGUCUCUACAUUUUUUUUAAUCAUUUUAUAUAUAUUCCAGAUAUAUAUUUCACAUAUCACCCUCGGCUUCAGCUUUGUAUAUAUUCUGCAAGAGAGAAAAGAAAAAAAAUAAUACCAAAAAUAUGCUUCUGGUCUUUUUAUCUGCCUUUUAUGGAAAACAUGUAAUCUUUUUUGUAUAAUUUGUACAUUCACUACUUCCAAUGUUAUUUUGUAUAAAAAGAAAAAAUAUGAAGAAUUUGAACAAUAUGAGAAAAAUUACAUGCACUUUUUUCACACAUUGACAAUGUAUUUUUUUAAUUUUCAGUAAGCCAAAUCUGUAAUAUAUUUUAUUAUCAACUUACAAAUUUCAUUGUCAAUCAAACUAUGUGUUGUCUUGUGUCACAACAAUGCAAAGUGUUCAUUAGAAGGACCGACAUUUUGUACCGAUUCCUCGAAUAUUUUUAUCACUGUUGAUGUUAUUUUCACCACUUUUUAUAGAUCAACACUAUUAAGACUCACUCAUAAGAUAGUAUAUUGUAGUUUUUUUGGUUUUUUUGUUUACAGGUGCUAUUUUGAAAAAGAAAAGAAAAAGGAUGGCUUAUAUUUGAUUUCUGUUACAAUUUUAAGUGUACUUUUUAUUUUUAUUAAUCUUAGAUGGCUAGAAAUGCACGUCUUAUUAUAAUUUCCAUGAGCUGCUGUUAAUGGACUUUGUAAAACAUGGAGUGGGAAAAUUCUUGUUUAAAUCAGUCUACAUUUGUGUGCUUUGUCUGAGUGAGUUUCACCGGGUAUUGUAAUGUUGAUAAAAACAACAUUGUCUUCUAACCAUGCAAAAUUUUGGUAAUCAAAAUUUAAUCAUACAAAAGAGUAUGUACAAGUUCAUAGGAGUUUGGAACUGUGGGAUAGGUGGCGAUUGUAAAAUGUGUUCGUGUUUUAAAGUAUAUGGAAUUGCCCAGUGGUAAGGCAAACUGUGAUUUUAAAAAACCCAGUUGUUAUUCGUUGAAACUUCAGGUGUAUGAUAGAAAUAUUGCUGGUAAUGGAUGUGGGUUUUCAGCAAGGGAAGAUAACUCUUGUCAGAUGGUGUUCCGUAACCUACCUCAGUUAAUGAUCUGAUGCCCUGUAGAUACCUCACUACACUGUUUCCCUUGACACCCUCCUUAAGACCCCCUCAACUGCUGUACCAUAUACAAUAGUGGCAGUUUCUGAGGGGAAUGAACAUUUUUGCAGAAAUUUUGUAAUCAUUCCCCUGUUCAAAAUUUUCAGAGAUUUGUAAUUGUAGAAAGAAUCUUUUUCAGUCACAGGUAAUGUUUGGAGACUGGUUUGAGGCUUCCAUUGACACCAGCUGAGCCAGCAGAAAUUGCCACUUGUAUGGUAUUAUAAAACCCACAUAAAUGACCUCUGACCUUGCCGAAAGCCCACACUGCAGAGUCUUUCAUAUAUAGAGAGUGCCACUGAGUCGUUGAUGUCAUGUUAGAGUCUGUGCCUAGGCCUGGCAUUACAGUCUGUUAGUUUUUUUCUACUUCUCCAUGGAAGCUGUGUCUUGGCCAAUUCACACUUGAAAGGAGAGGGACUUUGGAUGUUUAAAAAAAAUGCAGUGGAAUUUCAUGUUUGUUGAGUUGUUUGUUUCCAAGUAAUAUUAGUCAUUUUUAAUUUGUUAUUCCCUUUGUUUAAUUUUUUUAAUUAAAGGUGAUUUUUUUUACUGGAAUGUGUGUCUCCUAAUAAUCAGCGAAGAAAAUCUGUAUUUGCUCCUUGUGCAGUAGCUCUGACCAUUUGUAUCUUAUGGAUCGGCGCACACCGGAUCUCGGUGGCUAACGGUGUCAGCUCCUAUAGAUUUUCUUUCAUUUUAUAAUGGAAAUUGGUAUUUUUAUAUUUUUUAGUUCAAAGAUAUUUAUACUUUUAUAUUUUAUAAGAAAAAAACCGCACGAUAGUCAAUGAUACAGUGUUGUUCCCCAUGUUGCGUUCACUGUCUGUUAGAUUCUGUGAGUGAAACGUUUUGAAAUAAUAAUGUGUGUGUAAUUCAUGGUGUAGAGAUAUGGAAAUCGGCUUCUUGAUUGUAUGCUUCUGAAACCCUUUGUAAUAUGGAGAAACUUUCACACUUUUUAUUUUACUUAUAAAACAUGGAGCUGUUUCUCAUCAAGGUAUAAGGUGUUAUCAUUGCUGCCAAACUUUACUUGCCAGAACAGCAAAAUCAUAGCAAGUCAUCAGUUUUAUUUUAAAUGAAAUUUAGUGGGUCCAUCAAAUUAACAGAAAACCUAGUCACGUAGUGUAAACUGUAUGUUAGAUACGGUGAUCAGCCACACAGGUGGUGAUGGGGUAUGAUAUUUCAUUUGUGCAAUAAUUAAUUUUUUUUUCAGUUAGAUUUUUAUUAUGGUAUAAGAGGCGGCGGUUUAUUUCAUAUUUUCACGGAUACAUUGUAUCUUUAUUUCCUGCAUUAUCUGUAUGUAACACUCUAGUUAUAGUUAGUGUAGUAGAUUGGAUAGGCUGACUACAGAACUCUAUAGUUCCUGUCAGCCCCUCUGACUCAAGUUUGUCUGUCAUCAUCCACAUUUACAGAUUCUGUUUUAAAUCUAAAUUCAAAUUGGUCUUUAUUUUUCUUUGAAGUUUGGUCUUGCAGUGUAAGCGAUUAUUCUUUAGGAUUGGGUCACCUCUUGGGGGGGGGGGGGGGGGGUGUUAAGAGGUUAUCUAUACUUGUAUGCAAAUUAUGCUUCCAUAACUACUUCUCAGUCUGUCUAUCCUAAACUAAAAUUGCCCAACCACAUUCAUCUGGAAAAAUCUGAACUAUUAAUUCGGUGAGCAUUGUGGCCAAUGGGCCUCUUGUUGAAUGAUUUUGAAUCUAUUUUUGGAUUUUUUUUUCCUUCCCAUUCUGUGUCCAUCUAUUGACGUUGCCUGUUUUGUUCAGUAUUAUUGUACAACAUCAAAAACUUGUCCCAAAUAACGCCAAUCAGUUGUUUCAGAGGAAAGAUACUGAAAAUUACACCCAAACAUAGCAAUGGGUUCUGUAGCAAUGGAUUGGACGUCACUUCCCGAAGGUUUCAUGUGCAUGACUGUGUAGUUUUUGACCAAUUUCAUACAUGUUGUGUUUUGUACAAUGGGAAGUUUUCAAAGUUAUUUUGUUCAAAGGUUAUUAACUGAUCCUGAAGUUUCUAUGUUUUUUAAUAAAGCUAAGUCAUUCUUUUAUAAUAAUAAAUAUGAAUGGUGUUGUU